GUCAGCGCAUCAGUAACAUGGCUGACGAUGACCGUAUCGUCACUUUUACACAUGACGAUAUUCAACAUGGGGCGGAUCAAUUAAAUAGAAAAAAUUGAAAACGCGAAACUAUUGCAUAAACUGAAAGGGUAAUAAUAACCUAACCCAAGGUUUGUGAAAUGGACCAUUUUAAAAUGAAUUGGACCAAUGGACCAAACGAAAAUAAAUGGAGCAAAACGGCAACCGUGGUUGGAAGCACUGAUUGAGCGCCCGAAUUAGUUCACAUUCUUACACACUUCACGACGAAAUUCACUUAGUUUCUUAAAGCACAUUUCAAGGUAAAAGCUUUUCGAUUCAAGUUUGAAAAUCACUCUGUUUAUUGCCGUUGACUGAUACUUGAUAUUUGCAGCGCACUGAGUUUCGCCAAUGAAGAUUGCGAAGUGAUCUCACUCGUUCACCGGUACGCUCCAACGUGCUCUCCAACAUUGCGAACUCUUUUGCCAAUUGAGUAAGAGAUAUUUCCGUAUAUUUGAUCAGUCUUUAUCUACAUUCUCUUCGGUGAUUACUUGGUGAGCAACGAGGCCUACGAUUUGGAGCAUCGAACGGCAAGCGCUAUGGCCAGUUGCCUGCGCAGGAGGCAUCCCCAUUAACUGCCACAACAAUUUGAACUUAACAACAGAGUAAAACAGUUAAGCAUUCUUACGCGGCGCGAGGUUCUACAUUGUUUGAAAAACGAGAUUAAAAGAAUAUUACAUAUAUGUACAUGUAUACAACUUAAACAGUUUUCCAAAAAAAUUUACAAAAUAUGGUUCACGACUAAUGUAUACUGUAAACUAGGGUUUACUGUGUAUUAAAUUAAGCACGCGUUGAUAUCGAACUGCCCAGUCAAAGUAAAUGAAUUAAGUAAAGAUACCAAAAAAGAAAGAGCGCGAAAAUGAGAGACUUCGUAUUGUGGUAAUAAUGCAUUAACAAGUGGAUAGCAAAGCACGAACAAAAUAAAAGUGCUGAACAGAUUGUAAACGGAGAAAAAUAAGCAGUAAAUAGAACCCAAAGAAACGUGUUUGAAGUUUAUUAAACUGCGCUACUUAAACUACUGAAUUGGAUUUGAUAAGUGAAGCAACAUCGAAAUAGUACAAAACAGAUGCACAACUGAGCUGUAGCUGAACCCGUCUUUAAGUUUUAAAGAAUACUUGACAAAGAGUUCGAAAGUUCACAACACGGCGAUUGCGAUAAUGAAUUCUACCAGAGAAUUAAAAAAUGGUACGAAAGCGCAAAAGAAAACGAUUAAGGCCAAUAAGAAGCAACAAUUGAAGCAGCAGCAGCAACAAAAACAACUGCAGGAAGGUCAAAAGCAAACCGAGGUGAUAACAACAACAACAACUAUAACAACUGCCCCACCUAAUGUGGUGACCCACGACAACACCAACAGACUGGGCGUUAAAACUACUAAAAUGCCAGUACACAACAACAUCAACAACAAUAACAACAACCAUAUUGUACAAAAUAAUAAUAACAUCAACCAAAAAAUGUUCGAUUCUGCCGGUCGUGCGUUGAGCGCCACACCUUCUGCAAUAUCACUGCCAGCGACUAGCAUCUUGCCUGGCUACGAGAAUGCACCGAAAUUUGAACGGUCAAAUAGUUUUUCGCUGCGCGGCAAACUCUCCAAGCUACUCAAUUCUAUUACGGGCAGCAAGGAGAAUCUGACGAGGGUGGACGACGAGAAUGCCACGCCAUACAAGUUCACACGCAGCCGCUCAAUGAUAUUGCUGCGUCGCACCAAUCGACGCAGCUUAAUAGAACCGCAACUGGAACAGCUGUGCGAGGAGACGGAUCCCACAUCACCGUCGUCGCCGCGCAAGAAUUCCAUGGAAAAUUGA